AUGAACCUCAAGGAUUUGGCAAUAGGAACAGUGUUGUUGCUUCAGAGCACAGUUGGAAUUCUGGGGAAUUUCUCUCUUCUUUCCUACUACCUCAUCCAUUACUACAUUCAACAGACAUUAAGGACCAAGAAUUUGAUUCUCACACACCUGUUCACAGCCAACUCCUUGAUCAUUGUUUCUAAAGGAGUAAUAAUGGCAAUACAGGUUUUGGGGAUGAAGUGGCUUAUCAGUGAUUUUGGCUGCAAACUUCUUUUGUAUAUUCAAAGACUUGGCAGAAACAUGUCCAUUGGCACUACCUGUUUCUUGACUGUUUUUCAGGCCAUCACCAUCAGCCCUAGUGACUCCUGUUUGAAGGAUCUGAAAGCGAAAGCUCCAAAGUACAUUGGACUCUCCAUUUUUCUCUGCUGGGUCUUGUUCAUGGUAAUUAAUAUGAUUUUCCCUCUGUAUCUGUCUAUCAAAGGGAACAGCAAAAACCUGACACAUAAAAGAGAUUUGAAAUAUUGCUCCACUGUAGGUCUUAAUGAAGUCACAGGCUCAUUGUAUGUAGCUUUCUGUGUAAUCCCUGAAGCUUUGCUUUCUGUGAUCAUUGCCUGGACUGGUGGAUCCAUGAUUGUCAUUCUCUACAGGCACAAGCAACGGGUUCAACACAUCCAUAGCACUCAUGUUUCCAUCAGUGCAUCCCCUGAGUCCAGAGCCACCCAGAGCAUCCUGGUCCUCGUGUUCACUUUUCUAGGCUUUUAUGCCCUCUCCUCCAUCUUACAGGGUUGGAAUGCUCUUGUUUAUAAUGAUGGGUGGUUGCUAAUGAACAUCACAGACAUCAUUUCUAUGUGCUUUCCCACAUUAGGCCCCUUUAUUAUGAAUCAUAACUCUGUUGUAUAUAAAUUCCUCUUUUUCUGCAUGAGGAAUCGAAAUAUCAUGUAA